AUGGCUACAUCACUGCCUCGUCUGUCACUUUCGUUCCUUGUGGCGUGGGCGGCUCCAGCGAUCCAGGCGCAGAAGGUCGCGAGUUUGAGCGACUUCGACUGGUCCUUACAGAAUGAACCCCUCAGUAUCAACAUCCCAGCGGCCUUUCCCUCAUACGCCCACUUGGACCUCGAGGCGAACCAGGUCACCGGACCUCUGGAGUACGGUUUGAAUGAUUUUAACCUAAGAUGGAUUUGGCAGCAGAACUGGACCUACUCGGCAAAGUUGACUGGCUUAGACAAGUCAUCAUCCCAAACGUUCCUUCUUUUCAAUGGUCUCGACACGUUUGCCAGUAUCGACCUAUGCGGAAAGCACGUCGCAUCUACAGACAAUCAGUUCCGCCAGUAUUACUUUAAUGUCACCGACAUUGUUCCAAACUGUGGCAAUGAUACUCUACUCAGCUUGAAUUUUGGUAGCGCUCCGAAUAUUGCAGCCGGCAUUCUCAAUCAGCCUAACCAAAGGACCUGGCCUUAUGGCACAGAACUGGUCUUUGAAAUACCUGGCAGACAAUUCAUCCGAAAGCAAGGGAAUGACUUUGGGUGGGACUGGGGCCCAGCAUAUGCGCCAGCUGGACCGUGGCAGCCUGCUUACCUUAUUCAGAUGACGAAUUCUGAGGUACACGCGAGGAAUGCUGCAUUUGACGUCUACAAAGUAGGUCAAAGAAGCAAUUUGAUCCCUGAUCAAUCUCAGCCAUGGGUUUUCAAUGCAAGCUUCGAUAUCAUUGGGACUUUGCCCGCUUCAACAUCCUUAUCGUACCUAGUGCAGGAUGAUGAUGGUACUACAGUCUCGAGUGGAACGCUCACAAAUGUCACGCAAGAGAAUGGCUCCAUAUCUGCAUCUGCUCUCAUCGAGAAUGACACUGUUGAGCUGUGGUGGCCAGUCGGGAUGGGUGAGCAGGUACUCUACAACAUCACUGUGAAUAUUCACGACAGCAGCAAUAAAACAAUCACCAGCCUUGUCCGACGGAUGGGAUUCCGGACGAUAGUACUCAACCAACAAGUAAUCACAGAAGAGGAGAUCGGGCUAGGGAUUGCGCCAGGGAAUCACUGGCACUUUGAGAUCAAUGGCCACCCUUUCUACGCCAAGGGCUCUAACUUUAUCCCACCAGACGUCUUUUGGCCCCGUGUCACCCCAAAGAGUAUCCGCAGCUUAUUUAACUCUGUCCUGGCUGGAAACCAAAACAUGCUUCGCGUAUGGUCGACUGGGGCCUACUCACCUGACUUCGUAUACGAUAUUGCCGACGAGCUUGGGAUUUUACUAUGGUCAGAAUUUGAGUUCGGCGAUUGCCUAUACCCUGCCGACCCCGCUUUCCUAUCUUCAGUCUACGAAGAGGCCGUGUACAACGUUCGCAGGGUGAACCACCACCCUUCUCUAGCCUACUGGGCUGGUGGCAAUGAGUUUGAAAACUAUAUCCUGCCGGUAGCGAAUCGGUCGUCACCAUCCCAAUACCCACGUAUCAUUCAAGAAUAUGAGGAGUUGUUCUUGUCCACCUUGUUCCCUGCUGUCUUUGAAAAUACACAUUCAUUGUCAUAUCUGCCCUCUUCGACGUCCAAUGGCUUCUUGAGCCUGAACUUUACCGACGCACCGUACAUGGCGCCUCGAUACGCCGAUUUGAAGGAACCAGGCCACAUCUAUGGAGUGACUGACUACUACAAUUACAGCGCCGCAUUUGCUUUUAACAUCGCCGCCUAUCCUAUUGGACGCUUCGCGAACGAAUUUGGUUUCCACAGCAUGCCAUCGCUUCAGACCUGGAGCAGCUAUGUUGCAGAUUCAGAGCUUCACUUCAACAGCACAACUAUCCAGCUGCGAAACAGGCACUAUCCCGCUGGAGGAUUGAACACAUCCAAUUUUGUGAACACGACGAAGGGCAUGAGCGAAAUGACCAUCGCUGUGCAGCUCUGGUAUCCAGCUCCGAACAAAACGGAUCAACAUUCGAACUUCAGCUCGUGGUGCUGGACGACGCAGAUUUUCCAAGCAGACUUUUAUUCGAGCCAAAUCCAGUUUUACAAACGAGGAAUGGGGUUGCCGCAGAGAAACCUUGGCAGUUUAUACUGGCAGCUUGAAGACCAAUGGGCUGCACCUACGUGGGCAGGUAUUGAGCGCACUGGUCGGUGGAAAGUUCUUCACUACCGUGCCAAAGAUCUGUACAAGGAGGUCAUUAUAUCACCUUUCUUCAACGACAGCAGUGGCGUCCUUGAAGUAUGGGCAACCAGCGAGCUUUGGGAAAGCGUCGAAGCUACUGUGAACCUACAGUGGUACAACUGGGACGGCCAGCUGAUAACCAAUCUCACUGGACUUGAACAGGCGCAAGUAGUGAUUGGGGCACUGAAUAGUACUCAAGUCUUUACGCGAAACGUGACAGAAGAUAUCAAAUCCGCAGCAUUGAACCCAAAGGAUCUCGUCGCAAGAGCGAGCAUCAGCGUCUCAGGCCGCGGGCCUAAUAAUCAGGAGACCGAGACUUUUGAACACACGAACUGGUGGCAUGCUUCGCGACUUUCAGAAGCCAAUCUCGUGGACCCGGAGCUGUCAUUAAGCUAUGAUGAGUAUUCUAACGAGUUUACUGUAAAGGCAGUGGCUGGCGUCAGUGCAUGGACAUGGCUGGACUACCCAGCUGGCUCCGUGGUCAGUUUCAGUGAUAAUGGAUUUUGGUUGGGGAAGGGGGAAAGUCGUAUUAUUGGGUAUACCGUUGUCGAAGAUAGCACACAAGGGAAAUGGAUCGACGGAGUCACAGUCCAGAGUAUAUGGAACAACACCCUAGCUUACUAG